GCCCGCUCGCACUUCCGGCUGGGGAGUCGGACUGGGCACCCGGAGAGCUGGGCUGGGCCGGACCCUGAGGGGGUGAGGCUGGCCCGGGGGGCAGGGUUGCAAGUGAGCCGAGGGGCAGCCCGAGAGGGACAUGCGCCCGGGCGCGGGCCAAGUUACCUUCAGGGCGCCUCAGUAAGGUAUGAGGCCUCUGGAGGAACUGCUGUCCUGAGCGUCUGAGUGACCCGGCCGGAGGGCGCGAAGACAAAAGAGGCCGGAACGCCUCAGCCGCCGCUCCCGCACCCUACAGCUCUCGGAGUCCCGCCACGGCCGCACUCAUCCCAGAAGACCCCUGCUUACUGCCCCUCGGGCCCGUCCCUCCACGGAUCAGUGUGACUUUCACAAGCCCGGACCCGGGUCUCGCUCGCUCCAGGAGCUACCCAGCUUCUUUCGACGCGCGAGGCCUCCCGUCAUUAGUCCCACACCCUCACUGGUCACUCCUGCUGCGAGGGAAAAACACACGCCCGGCGUUCAGCCCUCUAGUUUGUAUGGGGCAGGAAUUGAUAGUUCAGAGUCUGAGGGGCGGGGCAGAUGGAGAGGGCGGAAAGGGGAACCGCAGAGGUCCACGGGGGCUUCCACUGCUCUUCCUGGGCAUCCUACGUAACAACGACACCUUAAGAUCCUCUCAAGCUCCAGGUGUCCCGCAUCAUUCGAACUCACUGUGCAACACUGAUCUGGGAAGUUUAGUGUGCUCAGAUGUGGGAAAGGCAGGAUAGGCGCAGACAGUAGUUUUGUCUUCCAGCAGCUUCUUGAUACUGCCUUAAUUGUGGCCCAAAAAUACAGCUUUUGAAAAGUCCUUGCUCAUUGUCGACUUGCCCUGAAGAUGGUGCUGCCUCACGUGAGCCAGCUCCAGCAAGACUUAGAUAUAUAAAUAUAUUGAUGGUGCCAUCUCUCUCUACUCUAGGAAGCAACUCCCCUUACAGAGAGAGCCUUAUCUGCAGUUGACUCUCCAAGGACAUGGGAAGAUAGGUAUCACUCCUGGAACCCAGGCCCUUAAGUGGAAGAAUGAUGGCCAAACCCACUCUGAGAGAAAAGGGCACCAACUCUGAAGCCUUCCGCCAGCGCUUCAGGAGGUUCCAUUACCAGGAGGUGGCUGGGCCCCGAGAGGCUUUCAGUCAACUCUGGGAACUUUGCUGUUCUUGGCUAAGGCCAGAGGUUCGCACCAAGGAGCAGAUUGUAGAAUUGUUGGUGCUAGAGCAGUUCCUGACCAUCUUACCUGGAGAGAUCCAGAAUUGGGUACAGGAACAAUGUCCAGAGAGUGGAGAGGAGGCAGUGACUCUGGUGGAAGAUUUAGAAAGAGGACCUGGAAGACCUGGAUGUUCGGUCACAGUCUCUGUGAAGGGGGAGGAAGUGUGUCUUGAGAAGAUGACAACUCUAAAAUCAUCACAAGAGUUAUUGAGUGUUCAGCAGGAAUCAGUGGAACGUCAGCCCAGCAGUGGACCCAAGAAAGAGAGGGCAAGAAGCCCCUAUCUGGGACUUCAGGAGCAGAUGAACCCAAAGGAGAAUCUCAGACAUUUUCAAAGGAGCGCAGGACUUCCAUUUUCUAAGUCUGGUGUGGUCUCCAUGUUGGAGCAAGGUAAGCUGUGGAUUCCAGAUCUGGGCUCCAAGGAGAAAGAAGUCCCAAGAGGCAGCAACACAGGAGAUAGACCAGUGCAUGCUGACCUGUUGCCACCCAAGAAAGAGAGGAGAAACUGGAUGGAACAAGAUCACUGGGGCUUCGAGGAUGAGAAGGUGGCUGGUGUACACUGGGGCUAUGAAGAGACCAGAACUCUCUUAGCAAUUCUCAGCCAGACUGAACUUUAUGAGGCUCUCCGAAAUUGUCAUAGAAACAGUCAAGUGUAUGGGGCUGUGGCCGAGAGACUGCAGGAGUACGGCUUCCUCCGGACCCUGGAACAGUGUCGGACCAAAUUUAAAGGUCUUCAGAAGAGCUACAGGAAAGUGAAGAGUGGCUAUCCACCUGAGACCUGCCCCUUCUUUGAAGAGAUGGAAGCCCUGAUGAGUUCUCAGGUCAUUGCCCUGCCCAGCAAUGGCCUGGAAGAGGCAGCCUCUCACUCUGGUCAGGUGGGCAGUGAUGCUGAGCCAGAAGAGCCCCAGCAAGGGGUUUGGCAGUAUGAGGAGGAAGCAGAAGAGGCUCAGGCUGAUGAGUCUGACAGUGAUGAAAUGGACGUAGAGGCCACUUCCCAGGACCCUGAUAACUCAGCUGCACCUGUAAUGUUCCGAAGUCCAAGUGGUGUACACUGGGGCUACGAAGAGACCAAGACUUACCUUGCAAUUCUUAGUGAGACUCAAUUUUAUGAAGCCCUCCAGAACUGUCAUCGAAACAGCCAGUUAUAUGGAGCAGUGGCUGAGAGGCUAUGGGAACAUGGCUUCUUCAGGACCCCAGAGCAGUGUCGGACCAAGUUUAAAAGCCUACAGACCAGUUACCGGAAGGUCAAAAGUGGCCAAGCACGAGAUACCUGCCCCUUCUUUGAAGAAAUGGAUGCUCUGGUUAGUGCCCAGGUUGCUGCUCCAUCCAGUGGUGGCAAAGAAGAGAAAACAGCUUCUUACCUUAUCCAGGGGGCCAGUGAUGCUGAAGCUGAGAAGCAAGGUGUGGACACAGAAGAGGCCAUAGAUAAAGAUUCUGAUGACAAUGAAGAGGAUACUGAGAUACCCCCAGGGGCUGUCUUAACCCAUGCUCCAGUCUUAUUCCAAAGCCCCAGUGGUUUUGAGGCUGGAUUCAAGAAUGAAGAGAAUCUAAAACAGGAUAUUUCUGAGGAAGUACAGCUGCACAGGACAUUAAUUGCAAGAUCUGAAAGAAAAAUUCCCUGUCAUAUUAAUCAAAAUAAAGGUAAUGUGAGUGACUGUAGAUCAGGAAGACAGUGGGAAAAAACCUCAGAGGACAAAAGAGGAAAACUGACCUACUCACAGGAGAGUUUGGGUAAAGUCCUAAGUCAUCACAGACAAUACGUAGGAGAGAGACCCUAUAAAUAUCUCAGAUGUGCCAAAAGCUUUGGCCCAAACUCCUGUCUAAUAGAUCAGAUAUCCCAUGAGGUAGAAAACUCAUACAAAUGUACAGACUGUGGAAAAAGCUUCAGCCGGAGUGCACGCCUGAUCAGACACCGAAGAAUCCACACUGGAGAGAAACCUUACAAGUGUCUUGACUGUGGGAAAAGUUUCCGUGACAGUUCAAAUUUCAUCACCCAUAGAAGAAUCCACACAGGAGAGAAACCUUAUCAAUGUGUUGAGUGCGGGAAACGAUUCAAUCAGAGCUCAAGCCUUAUAAUUCAUCAGAGAACCCACACAGGAGAAAAGCCCUAUCAGUGUGAAGAUUGUGGAAAAAGCUUCAAUAAUAGUUCUCACUGCAGCGCACAUCGGCGAAUACACACAGGAGAGAGACCCCAUGUGUGUCCUGACUGUGGGAAGAGUUUCAGUAAAAGUUCAGACUUACGUGCACAUCAUAGAACCCACACAGGAGAGAAACCCUAUGGAUGUCAUGAUUGUGGCAAGUGCUUUACUAAAAGUUCUGCCCUUAAUAAGCACCGGGAAAUCCAUACACGAGACAAGCUUCUGUCACAGCCAGUGCCUGAGUAAGCCCCCAAAGGAAAGAGCCUCUUUUUAUGUAUUGUUUGGAAAGCGUUCCAGUAAUGAUAGUCAUCUGUUCUAUGCCCAACUGGCUUAGGAAGUACUCCUUGGAAUUUAUGCCAAUGUUUGUUUCUUAUGCUUCUCCUGGACCUAGAGUGAAAUUCCCAAGGCAGUCAUUUUAAGAUUGAAAAGAUUAGCUGGACAUACUGGUACAUGCCUGUAAUCCCAGCACUCAGGAGGCUGAGGUAGGAGAAUGAGGCCAGCGUAGACUACACAGCAAGACCAUCUCAAGACAAGACAAAACAAAACACACAUACAUACAUAUAUAUAUAUAUAUAUAUAUAUAUAUAUAUAUAUAUAUUUUUUUUUUUUUUUUUUUUCCCCUCAUUUUGUCUGCAUCUGAACUGAUGGGUAACAAGUUUUCCUUCUCAGGGUCUGUGUUAUUCCCUUAAUAGACAACAUAGUAGUAUAGCCUGUGAAUUUACUUAUCCUGUCAGUUGUAUUUCAAUUGGAAAAACCUGUUGCAACAGCAUAUGUGGGAAAAGCUGAGGCUUGGCUCCUUAAGUAGGUUUCAGUACAGUACUGGAAAUGUUGAGAACAAUGACCCUUCCUGCUCACUUAAGCCUAUGCCCAGAAUGACAUAUUUGUCAUGCAUAUUUUUCACUUACCAUAAAGAAACAGAAUUUUAUGUGCCCCUUGAUUCUGUCCUAUGAAUCAUCCUGGGGAAUGGGGAAUGGGGAAACAAUGUAAUGUUACAUAAAUACUGGAUUUCUUAGUUUUUGCCAAGUCCUACAAAGGUUGGAAUAGAAUAAUACUACAUUUAUAGUAUCUGGUUUGAUUUUUGUUUUUGUCCUUAAUUUCACCUAUCCUUUGUGGUCUAGAAAACCAAACAAGCCAGCUGGAUAUGAUAUUAAGGAAAGAAGUUUAAGCUGUCAGCAGGGAAUCAUUCAUUUUCACCAUGCCCUAAACUCCAAGUGUUAUGCACCCCAUGGGUGCUCAGUACAAACAUUUAAGGAGUAGAAGACACUGCUAUGUUCACAGGUGUGGGAAAAACUGACCACUUUGUGUCAACCCUCUACAAGAAUGGCAAGGAAGUGGACAAUGGACCUGUCAAUCUAUACACACUCAGCUAUAUACAAUUAAAAGCAGCCCUUCAAAUGUAACUGUGAUCACUAAUCUUUUUAAUACUGAAUUAGCGGUUCAUAGUAAAAUAUAAACCCAUGUAGCACAAGUUUAACACUGUCCUUACAAUCAAAAAUAGACGAUAUAUAGAGACAUUCAAGUAUUAACUGUAACAGCUGUAAGGUAUAACACUAUGCAUAAAUAUGAAGAGUUUACUGGAAGAAAAAUCUGGGAGUUUUCUUCAGGAAGCAAAAAGUAUUCAAAGAAGGAAGUGUUACUGAAUAAAUCUGGGUGGAAGGAACUUCCACCUUGUUGCAAAGUUGAAUACUGGGUGAGUGAGAAAUGAGGUAGCAAAGGACAAAAAAUAGAUAGUAAGGAGUCAGAAAAAGCAUGGAACAGCAAAAACUUGGCAAACAAUGUGAUAUGUGCUAUUACAGAGCUUUUGUUCGGCCAUAGAGCAGAAUGGUUUGUAGGGUCAUUUUUUUUUUAAUGUCAUUCUAUAUACUUUAAUUCUAUAACCUGAACAGCCAUUUCGAAGAUGACAAUUUGUAACUUAUCAACUGGCAAUUUCUUACCUUUUGUUUGUCUGUAAUUUAGAAUUAUUUCUACCCUUUUUUUUUAAAUUUCCAUGUAUUUUUUUUCGUUUCCUUUUCUUUAAAUAAAAAAAAAAAAAAAAAAAAACAAAAAACAAUGUGAUAUGUGCUGUGCAGGCGGCAGAGAAUCACCUUUGCAGAAACACGGAGUACUAGAUGCAGACCAGAAAAUGGUCCACUUACCUACAGUAAGCUAGGUACUUUGUUGUACUAUUGAUAAGAAAACAGCUGGCUGGCUGUGGGGGAGAAUGUUUUUGGGAGAGAAGAGAUCAGAUACUAGUAUCUACUGAAGACACAGUACUUUGGUGGGCAGGUCAAAGGGAAGGUGAAUAUGCCCAACACUCGGAAUAAAUAACACCCAUACUUAAUUAGAACCCUGUGGCUGGAAUAAGAUCUGGAGGGAGCAGUAAGGAGAUAGGAGUUCGAUAAUUCAUAGCUAUGUCAGAUCAGUGAUUAUAAUUUGAAUUCUUGUGAACAGUUCUAGUGGUGUAAGGAACAACUGAAUACCUAUUAGCAAUUAAGGGAGGAUCUUAAGGAACACUAGUCUAAAGAAAUGCCUGAGGAUCUGAGAUGGGUUAGGAAGUGUGUUCUAAUGUCAAGAAAAAUGAAAUUAUUAUCUUUAGUAUAUCUGUGUAUAGUCUUGUGGAAAAAGUAUUGAUUGGAUAUUAACAGAUACAAAUUCAGGUUUCAGAUAUCUUUAUAUAAGUCAACCUGCCUAUUUGCUGCAAAGCAGACUAAUGUUUACACCUUAUCUGCCUCUCAGGGAUACUAUGUUAAUAAAAAUUUUGUCUGUGAA